GGCGUCGAGUUUGAGCGUAAUAGCCUCCUCCCCUUUCUUUCUAUUCUGCACUCCUUUCAUCCUAACCAUGCAAGCCCUACGCCUGGCGCGUCCUCGAGUCGCCCUCAGACCCAUCACCGCUACUCGCAACGUUGCGGCCACUGCCAACGCGUCCGCACACGCUGCGUCUGCGACAGCGAGCUCGAGCUCGCAGGCCCUCAUCCCCCUCUCCAACGUUGAGGCCCAAUGGGAACGUCUGACUCCUGACGAACAGUUCCAGGUUCACCGCCAGCUGGAGGAGAUCCAGAAAAAGGACUGGAGAACACUCUCCAUUGACGAGAAGAAGGCUGCGUACUAUGUUGCUUUCGGCCCUCAUGGUCCCCGUGCGCCUAUCACAAAACCCGGCGACACCGCCAAAGUUUUUGGCGUCGUAUCUCUCGCCAUCGGCCUUGCGGGUGCUCUCUACUAUGGUAUCAAGGCCACUGCCCCGCCACCGCCCAGGACCAUUAACAAGGAGUGGGAGGCAGCAAUGAACGAGACCGCAAUCAAGCAGAAGAUGGAUCCUAUCAGCGGUAUCACGUCGGAAGGAUACUCUGGCAAGGGUUUCGUUCAGAACAAAUAGAGCAGCCACUUUUGCUUGUCUGCGAAGAAAGUGCGGACGCUUCAACAUAUAUGCUUUUACUAAAGAAGCGUUGGCGGGCCUUUCGUUGGGUCGCGGGACGGAACUCUGUCUUACAUUAUUGCGUAGCGUCACAACCAAGAAUAAUACACUUUCCUGCCUUA